AUGGCCCAAUUUUCUGGUGCUGUAAAACUUGCAGACCUGAACGAUUUCAUUGCGCCUUCGCAAGCCUGUGUAGUCAACAUUCAUGGUAAGAAAGAAGGGAAUAUUAAGCUAGAUUUCGAUGCUCUUGAUAAGCCUCCUGAGAAGGCCAGCAAGUUAAUAAAUAUCAUGUCCUUGCAGGACUGCUUGGCGUGCUCCGGCUGUGUCACCUCGGCAGAGACCGUGCUGCUGGAGCACCAGUCAGCGGCGGAAUUCAUGUCCAAGCUGGCAGAUCCAGGGGUGACUGUGGUGGUCUCAGUCUCCCCUCAAUCACGGACCGCGCUUGCCGCUUUCUAUGGCCUGUCACCUGCGGAGACGCUGCAGAAGCUAACUGGCUUUUUCAAGGGGCUGGGAGUGCGUGCUGUACUGGACACCAGCACUGGCAGAGACUUUGCCCUGCUGGAGGCUGCUGCUGAGUUUGUGCAGCGCUACAGGGAGGCCCACCCAGAGCUUGCAGGUGAGAGUAUGCCUAGCCUGCCCAUGCUGGCAUCUGCCUGCCCAGGGUGGGUGUGCUAUGCAGAGAAGACGCAUGGCGACUAUGUGCUCCCUCACAUCAGCUCCACCAAGAGCCCCCAGGCGAGCCCCCAACUCUACAAAUUCCCAGCCAAUACACCCAGUAUUACUUCCCUCUUUGCGGUGAUGGGUACGCUGGUGAAGCGGCACCUGGCGGCGCAGUGGGGCCUGCAGCCGGGGCAGGUGUACCACUGCGCCAUCAUGCCCUGCUACGACAAGAAGCUGGAGGCCUCGCGCGAAGACUUCAACGUCCCAGGCACGAGUGUGGCUGAGGUGGACUCUGUGCUGACGAGCGGGGAGGUGCAGCUGAUGCUGGAGGUGCAUGGCCGGCCGCUGGGAGAGCUGCCCUCUGCCCGGCUGGACAGCCUGGUGGGCAGCGCUCCCGAGGACGGGCAGCUCUAUGGCCUGCCUGGAGGCUCAGGCGGCUAUCUGGAGUACAUCUUCAGGGCAGCUGCCGCGCAGCUGUUCGGGAAGGAGGUGGAAGCCGGGCCGCUGCCGCUGCGGACGCUGCGCAAUGCGGACUUCCAGGAGGUGUCCCUGGACGUGGGCGGCCGACCCGCGCUGCGAUUCGCGAUCGCCUACGGCUUCAGAAACAUCCAGACGCUGGUGCGCAAGAUCAAGAGGGGGGCUUCCGAGUACGAUUACGUGGAGAUCAUGGCUUGCCCGUCAGGCUGCCUGAACGGGGGCGGCCAGAUCAAGCCGCAGCCUGGACAGUCCAGUCAGCAGCUGCUGGACGAAUUAGAUGCCAUCUAUCAUGACCCCCAGGCAUGCGUGGUUCCCAGGCUUCCACAGGACAACCCCACAGUUGCAGCGCUGUAUGAGCGGUGGGUAGGGGCGCCAGUGGGCUCCGAGCAGGGCAGGCAACUGUUCUUCACAGAGUACCACAAGCGCGACAAGAGCAUAGCAGCCACUGUGGGAGACUGGUGA